CAACAAGGUGUAAGAGCGAGUCACGGACAAAGUACGUAGAGAUGGUGAGGUUCUCAGGGCUUAUGAUUACGCCGAACAUUGCAGCCAUUUCCAUUUGUUUCUUGAUGGUGUGUAAUGCACAAAUUCAGAAGCCAACUCGACCUGUAGUCGUUCUGAAAUCAGGAUCUGUUCUUGGCGUCACCUAUCCGAUUCCCUUUGGAUACAUUGCGGAUAGGUUCAUUGGCAUUCCGUAUGCAGCGCCUCCAGUUGGGAACCUUCGUUUCGCUGCUCCGCAGCCGGUAGUUCCUUGGGAAGGAGUGAAAGACGUAGGCUUACAAUUCGCCGCAAAAUGUCCCCAGAACACUGUGCCUUUCCCUUGGAACGUGACGGUUGGGGAUAUGAGCGAGGACUGCUUAUAUCUAAACAUCUGGAGGCCCUCUGGUAUAACGCCUGACAAUCCACUUCCGGUAUUUGUGUGGAUUCACGGCGGAGGUUAUUACACACAGACUGGGAACAACUACGAUGGCUCAGCACUGGCCACUGUUGGUUCCGGGAUGAUUGUCGUUACUAUAAACUUCCGCCUGGGCCUCCUCGGAUUCCUCAACGUUCCUGGGUCAGAACUGAAGGGAAAUUAUGGGAUGCUCGACCAAGUGGCAGCAUUGAAGUGGAUCCAGGAGAACAUUGCAACGUUUGGUGGAGAUCCAAACAAAGUAACAAUAGCUGGUCAGAGCUCUGGCGCGGCAAGUGUUGCUUUGCACUUGAUUUCACCGCUGUCUAAAGGCUUGUUCCAUCAAGCCAUACUUCAAGGGGGAGGGGUAACUUCUCCGUUUGCCGCCUACACCAGCAAGGAUCCCAACUAUGGGAAGCAAUAUCUGAAAAAACUAAAUUGCAUCUCAGGGGACAUGUUAUCCUGCCUUAGAAGUAAGACCGCAGAGGAGUUCCUUGAGGCAACUGAUUCCCUUUCAGAUGCGAACUUAGGAAAGGAUCUGCCCUUAGUAACAGUGGACGGGCACUUCCUCCCAGACGACCCAUCACUGUUACUAAACCAAGGAAGGUUCAAGAAAGUCAAGACGAUCAUUGGCGUAAACAAGAACGGUGGAUCAAUGUCUUCCUGGAAGUUGCAAUCGAAAGCCGCCGGGCGCCCAAUAGACCAUGCAGUAUUUCAGAAGGCUGUACAAGAAUCUCUUCUGGUCCAGAAUGGAGAGAACGACAAGAUCAGAAGAGCUAUUCUCCAUAAGUACACAAACCAUACCGACCCAGACUUCCAGGAGAGCAUCGAGGAAAACUGGCAGCGACUCGUUGGGGAUUCGUGGUUUGUUGCGCCUGCAAUUAAACUAGCCAGAUCUCUUGCCGCAGCCGGGGUACCUCCGUUUUUCUACUAUUUCACGCAUCGCGCAAGAUACUCUGUGUACCCAGAGUCCUAUGGGGUCACUCACGGUGACGAGGUGCCUUAUAUAUUCGGGGCACCCUAUCAAGCGAUGGCUACCCUCCCUCUGGCCUCUAAAUACACUGAAUUGGAGAAGGGACUGUGCCAGGGUGUUGGUGAAGCGUGGGGAAACUUUGUAACGUUUGGUGAUCCCAACGAAUACGAUAAGAAUCGAGUGGAUGCCGCAGACGCCACCAUUCCCUGGCCGCCAUUCACAGCCGACAGCGAGAAAUACCUGGUGCUAGGCUUGCGCAUGAAGAUUGAAGAACGUUUACUCCCGGAUCGCGUGGCAUUCUGGAAUGACCUCAUACCGAAACUGACGGAAGCUGAGGAAUCGGUCGGGAAAACUGCUCAGACCAUAGAAAAAGACGAACUUUGAACCCGAUGUGUGAGGACGCAAGCGGGGCUGACAAGCGUCCGUCUCGAGCACACAGUAGCAUAAACGAGUUACAAGAGACUAUCUUCUGCUCAUAAUGAGCACGAAUUUUGGGCGUAAUUAUUGCACGUACGCGCUCUCUUUAUUUCAGUGUCGGUUUCCAUUUAUUUUACAGCCACGUGACAUUUUCUGGAAUCUAGGCUGAGAGUCAGAUUGCAGGUAACGGAGUCAACUUGAAAUCUUGACCCUUAACUACAGUAAAAACCAGUGUCUAAGAACCUAGUUUUUUAAGAACCAAAAAAUAGGCCUCAUUUAUAUAUAUGGUCUCGGCUACCCGAGACAACCCUUCCUUAAGUUACCCUAGCCGAGGUAACUUUUCCCUUCUUUCUUUGCAAAAUUCAAUCAACCGUUUACAAGAGGAUCGCGAACCCGUCUGGGGGAGCGAGAUAACUCGGGUGGGCGAGCUGUCUCGCUUCGGCAGGUAGGGUAACCCUGGCUGGCGGGACAACUUUUCUUCAUAUCAGACUUUGGCUCGCUUAACCGAGACAAUUCUUGGCGUGGCGAGUGUCACGAAAUGAUUUAAAUCAGAAAUUUGUAUCAAAGAAGUGAAAAUUAACUCCACAAAACCCACUUUGAUCGAAUGACCGAGGAAAACUCAAAGAAAGAGGGAUAUAUGCACAUUUGAUUACUGAAUAAGAGUUGUGAAUAAUCAUGCAGGGUCAACUUUGACUCGAACUACAGAGACAACGUUAUCACAUAUAAACGCUCAAUACAUUUGCCUCAGGGGGGAGGGGAUGGUUGUCUCGGGCACCCGAGACCAUAUAACUGGGGUCUAAGAAUCUGUUUAGCCAAGCAGGAUCAGGUUUUUAUAUGUGGGUUACAGUUAAAUUAUAAAUUCUUGUUAUGGAGGGAAACCUACAUAUACAUUCUGUAAUCAUUUGUGUGAGGCUUAUCGGCAUAAUACAGUUGUGAAUAUUCAUUAAAUACACUGUAUUAUUUGAAGACCAAACUCAAUUUUAUUAUUUUUUCUGGUAAUCAACAGCUAUAUCUCGUUCAUAGAAUUACAUUAUAUAUUUAAGAGCCGAACGCCAGUUUUUUUUUUUUUCUGGUGAUCAACAGCUAUAUCUCGUUCAUAGAAAUCAAUAACCUAAAAAGAACCCACUUGGCCUAAAUUGCCAAUACAUAUAAGUAACCCCAAAAUACAGGAACAUAUUUUGCCAGACAAAAAAUGUAGGUUCUUACACGCGGGUUUUCUGCUGUUUCCCUUUCUUAUUUUUUNC